CGUUGCUUCCCCAAGUCGCUCAUCUUUGACAAACUUUAAUGCUUCACCUUCAGAACUUCCAUCUUCCGACAAUCGCGACGCUCUAGGCACAAACAAGCGCCAUCUUCGUCGCCAAAAAUCUACCCACUAGCCAGCUAGGCACUCCAUCUCCGUUUCUCAGUCUGCUGGGCUCCGCUAUCCGCCGUCAUCUGGCCUGCCUCCUCACCCCAACCACUGGCGAAGUCGGCCUUGCGACCCGUUCAUCCCCCUCCGCCGACCCUUCGUCUGCCAACGCUCUGUGCUAGGCCGUCCUUCGAUUCGUUGGACCAAGCUGUCGUCACAAGCGCCCCUCCCACCUCCAACCUUUGACUUCCAUCCAUCAUCAGCCUGUCACUUCGCUGCGCUUUUAUCCUGCUCUCCGACAACACCGUCAAUCAUUCUUCGUGCUGUUGCUCGUCGCAUCAGCAAUCAGCAAUCGCCUGCGUUGGGCUCAAGCUCUCCGUUGUUGUUGCCCCAAUCGCACCCAGCUACAUCGCGUCGCUGUCGUCACUUUCUUCCAGCGCAUCCGACAGCCCACUUUCUCCCGAACAAUACCCAACCUCCCUUCCUCACGGGAACCGGACUUGGCAUCGCCUACCAACCCAUCGCACACCACCUACUGACAAAACAACACCCUCUGACGGACUGACGAUCAAAACACCGCCAAAAUGUCCAAGGUUAUGCGAAGUGUCAAGAACGUGACCAAAGGUUACUCCAGUGUCCAGGUCAAGGUUAGAGAAGCAACCAGCAACGAUCCAUGGGGUCCUACCGGAACUCAGAUGAGCGAGAUUGCUCAGCUCACGUACAACACAUCUACCGAGUUCUAUGAAAUUAUGGACAUGCUCGACAAGCGUUUGAACGACAAGGGAAAAAACUGGAGGCACGUUUUGAAAGCCCUCAAGGUGCUCGACUACUGCCUGCACGAGGGCUCCGAGCUUGUCGUGACGUGGGCGAGACAGAGCAUCUACAUCAUCAAGACAUUGCGCGAGUUCCAGUACAUCGAUGAAGACGGUAGAGAUGUUGGCCAAAACGUACGUGUUGCCGCCAAGGAACUUACGUCUCUCAUUCUGGACGAAGAGAGGCUUCGAGCCGAAAGAAGCGAUCGCAAGUCAUGGAAGUCCCGCGUCACCGGGUUAGAAGAAUUCGCUCCUCAGCAUACCAGCCCUACUCAACCGCGUGUCCGCCGCCGUAUGAGCAACGAGGACGAUACUGAAUACAGACUCGCCAUUGAGGCUAGCAAGCAUCAGGAGGAAGAGGACCGCCGAAAACGAGCCGGCCGCGGCGCCAACGAAACCGAGGACGAUGACCUAGCUAAGGCGAUCAAACUUAGCAAAGAGGAGGACGAACGGCGCAGACGAGAGAUGGAAGACAACAACGCCUCGCUCCUCUUCGACGAUACCCCCGUCCAGUCAACGCAACCGCAGUACACUGGAUUUAACCAAGGCUAUCAGCAAGGCAGCGCUGUGGACUUCUUCGCCAAUCCCAUCGACCAGAACCAACUUCAGACGCAACCCACCGGUUACAUGAACAAUGCGUACACCGGGUACCAACAGCCGCAGGCGACAGGAUUCCAGAAUGGCUACGGCGGCAACGGUUUCGGCAUGGACCCCUACGGACAACAACAGGGCAUGCAAGGCUUCCAGCCGCAGCCAACGGGCUACAACCCUUACGCUCAGCAGAACAUCACCCCUCAGGAGACAGCCUCGCAGCCAGGGAGCAACAACCCGUGGUCGACCGGUUCGAUGAAGGCGGGCAACCCAAUGAAACCAAUGCAAACGGGUUCCAACAACCCAUUCGCGUCCUCAUUUGGCCGCCCUCAGACGCAAACUUCCAUGCCCCCCUUACCAGAACAGAAGACACUCUCAGCUUUCAGCCAGCCCAGCUUCGCUCAGCAGCAGCAGCAGCAACAGCCGCUGCCUCAGCAACCUCAGCAACCUCAGCAACCUCAACUCACCUCGCAGCCAUCCUUUGGAACUCCGCAGAAGGAGCUUACGGACCACGAAGCCAAGCUCAAUGCGCUGCUUGCUGGUGGAGACGGUAUGGACACAUACGGCAACACCGGCCAGACACGUAUUCCCGCGCAGCACACUGCACCUGGGACCUUUGUCAACAGCGCCGGCUCUGGUGCUCAGCGACUCACUGCGGAGGCAACUGGAAGCAACCCUUUCCUCCGAUCACAAUUCACAGGCAUGCCCAGCAUGUCAUAUGGGCAGCAAAUGCCGGCUGCCACAGGUCCUGCAGGUAUCAAUGGCAGCAACAAUCCAUUUGCGGUCGGAAGACCACAGCAGCAAAACACCCAGCCGCAGGACCUCAUUCAGUUUUAGGUCACCGUGUCACGGGGGGGAUAUACUACGAGGCUGACUCAGGCGCUUGAUCAUCGGCGCUGUUCAAGCCAACGAAUGUUUGCACUCAGGUUCAAAAGGAUUCUUUUUUUUUAUUUUAUUUUUAGAGACUGGGGGAUGCGGAAGUUUUUACUUGCGGUGCGGUCACAUACCCGGCAGAGGACUCAACUUGUUCCUGUUCAUAGUUGGCCGGCGGUUUGCUUCGAUUUACAUUUACACAGCUUGCCUAUAGCGCUCUUCAAUGAGCCAUUUAUGAUCUUUGAAAUUUGGCCACAGCAUGCACCCGCCACCGGAUUCAGUGAUAAGUAAUGGAAGGGUUUAAUGUCGUCUCAUGUAGAUUGCACAGUAACAUGCUUUCCAGGCAAAGAUGAUCACGGCUAGC